GAAAAUCAAGUAGCGGCACUGAAAGAAAAAGGGAUCGCUGCUGAAUAUCUCUCUUCAACCCUGACCGUAAAAGCCAAGAAUAAGCAUUGUGACAUUUGGAGCUUUUCGCUGGUGAUGUAUUUGAUUUUACUCAACCCAAACAAGUUACUCAGAUGCAGAGUGAUCUUGGAGAAAAGCACAUUCACUUGAUUACUUGAAAACAGAAAAGAAGAAAGGAAGAAAAGCUAACCUUAGUUUUAUUUAACAUGAAUUGACAAAAGUUCUCUCAUUCUACCUGAUUGACAGCCCUGCAUAUGAGAGAUUCUCCGAUACAGAGUGAAGCCUAUUAAUAGCUAUCUAAUGAUUAAUUUACUUCCCUGUAGAAUAUUGGAGAAGGUUGUCAGCAGAGAAACCCACCCAUUUAUGAGCAUUGCUCUUGGAAGUACUUUGCCAAUCAUAAGGAAUGCUCAAAUUAUUGAAUUUCAAUCCCUAUCCCCUUCCAUUUUUCUUUAGCAUCAAAAUGAUAUUCUAAUGAAUCCCGGAUAUUAUAUUCUCUACUCUCUGUACUGGGUUUCAUUUUCGUGUUCAUAUAGUUGAAGGAUUGUGUACAAGCAUUUUCUAAGAUACAUUAAAUGUUCUAUUAUUUGAGUUUUCUCUUUCUUUUUUCAUUUUAGUUUUGUGCUUCUGUGAGGUACAUAUGGAGAUGAGAAGCUUCUUUUAUACAUAAUAAAUCAUAUGCUACAGCUACUGUUUCGCUUAGUAGUUAUUGUUCUUUGUCUUCAUGAGGAUGAAUACCCGUAAAAGUUAUAAUUUCCACCGAAGCUGUUUGAUAAUUUUAUAUUCAUUGGAAAGUACUGCUAUGGAUAUUUUGAAACACGAACAAAAUUUAUGGUGGCAAAAGCUUUCAAUCUCUAUUCCCCCCUCCCUUUUUUUUUUUGUGUUUAGCACUAGACAAAUAGAGUAUCUAUUGACUUUAAUCCUAGUGGGUUAUAGUCAUUCUUGGCUGUUGUAGUUGAAGCAUUACUAAGUUAAGAUACUUGGCAGCUUUCUGAUUUAAGUUUCUAGUGGGGUUGCAGUUGCUGUAGAAAUAAGAUGUUGGAAGCUAUGGACUUGAGAUGCCUCAAGACAUGACAUAGUUGAGAAAGUUUCCUUUCAUCAAAUUGGUAUGAGUUGUAUUCAUCCAUCUUACUUAUUGAUGUUUAGAUUUAUGAAGACCUUGAAUCGGGAAAGCCUGCUUUGAGGUUACUGUAUGUUACACCAGAACUGAUUGCAACACCAGGGUUUAUGGCGAAACUGACGAAGAUUCAUGGCAGGGGGUUGCUAAAUCUUAUCGCAAUUGAUGAGGCACAUUGUGUAUCAACCUGGGGCCAUGACUUCAGGCCUAGCUACAGAAAGCUUUCUCUUCUCAGGAACCGCUUGCCCUGCAUACCCGUCUUGGCUCUGACAGCUACUGCUGUUCCUAAGGUUCAGGAGGAUGUGAUAGAGUCCUUGUCUCUGCAAAACCCACUGGUCCUGAAAUCGUCAUUUAAUCGGCCAAAUAUUUACUAUGAAGUUCGCUAUAAAGAUCUGCUGGAUGAUCCAUACACUGAUCUUUGUAAUUAUCUCAAAUCCUAUGGAAAGGUUUGUGCCAUUGUUUACUGCCUUGAGCGCACUGCUUGUGAUGAUCUGGCUGUCCACCUGACUAAGAAUGGAAUUUCUUGUGCUGCAUAUCAUGCAGGACUGAAUAGUAAAUUGCGGAGCUCAGUUUUGGAUAAUUGGAUCUCCUCAAAAACGCAAGUAGUUGUGGCUACUGUAGCUUUUGGGUUAGGCAUAGAUCGGAAGGAUGUCAGAAUUGUUUGCCAUUUUAAUAUUCCAAAGUCCAUGGAAGCCUUCUACCAAGAGUCAGGUCGAGCUGGUCGUGAUCAAUUGCCCUCUCGAAGUCUCUUGUAUUAUGGAGUGGAUGAUCGCAGAAGAAUGGAAUUUAUCCUGGGUACUGCUGCAAGCAAGAAAUUGAAUUCUUCAAGCAUGGAGGAAGGGUCCUCCAGGAAGGCCCUAGCUAAUUUCCGUCAGAUGAUUGAAUACUGCGAGGAGUCUGGUUGCCGAAGGAAAAAGAUCCUUGAAAGUUUUGGGGAAGAGGUAGCUACAUCACUGUGUGCAAAAUCUUGUGAUGCAUGCAAACAUCCUAAUGUGGUUUCCAAGAAUUUGGAGGAGCUUACAAGCAUUGCUACAUUUCGACAUAGAAAUGGGUCCUCACGGAUAUACAUAAGCAGUGGUUCAGACUUCAAUGAUGACGCACAAUUCUCAGAAUUCUGGAAUCGUGAUGAUGAAGCGACUGGAUCCGAGGAAGAUAUAUCCGAUUCUGAUGAUCCCACUGAAAUUGCAAAAAGUGUAGCACAUUCGAGUAGAUCAUCAGAAUGGAGAUUACGCGAAAGGAUGGAGUCAUUGCAGCGUGCAGAAGAGAACUAUUACCGGAGUAAAAGUAACCAAGAGAAGCAGGUUAAUAAAGUGGACAAAAACUCCAUAUCUGGAACAUUGCGGGAGUCGGGGAAGCAGAGAUUAUUAAACGCAAUGAAGCAAAACCUGCAUCGUUUCAGCAAUUUACAGAUCGACUCCUUGACAUCUGCUGAGACACUUGAGACAGAAUGCUACAAGAAAUAUGAGAAGAGCGGGAAGUCGUUCUAUUUAUCUCAGAUUGCAAGUACAGUGAGGUGGUUGUCAACCGCAACUCCCGAUGAACUAACAAACAGAGUCGGGACUGCUACCAGUACACCACCAGAGGCUGUUAGGCCAGCCCCAAGUUGCUCCUCCCCAUCAUCCUCAUCGUUCAAUCUGGUAAUCAAUCAAGCCGAUGAAGAAAAAGUCAGUAGCAGCAUUAAGUCUAAUUCUCCUGUUUCCCAGGAUACAGCGCCUCCGCCAAUUCUUUCUUUCUCAGAGUUCAUCAACAGAAGAAAAUCGACAGAUAACAAAGUCUCAACAUCUAAAAGGCCAUUGAGUGAUGGAGUUAGCAGAGGCACGGAGAAGAAAACCAAGUCCUGAAGUGUAAUUAAGCUAAUCCGCAGGGGGGUUUGUGUAAUUUACGCUAACUCACAAAAGUUUUGGACCAGUUUUAAUCCAUAUGAUCAACAAGGAGCUCCAUCGUCAUGUUCUGUAUUGAAACUAUGAACAUAUCCAGUGGAGUUGCUGAUAUUAUGUACCUUCCUCCUUCCCAACCAUAACCAUACUCUGCCAUAUCUUUUUAAUAUUUGAUUAAAAAA